UCCACACUCCUCCAUAUCUAAGCCCCCACUACUUUCUGAUUACUCCUACUCCUACUCCAAGCUACUUUCUUUGCUUUCAUUUCUUCCAUGGCGGCCAAUCAAGCCAGAGCUUUCGACGUUGAGGGACAGGGACAACUCCAAGAGGCAGAAGGGGAAAUAAAGGUUUUCGAUUAUGCCAAAAGAGCACAGUGGCUUAGAGCUGCCGUAUUGGGCGCCAAUGAUGGGUUGCUUUCUACUGCAUCCCUAAUGAUGGGAGUUGGAGCCGUUAAAAAGGACGUUAAGACCAUGAUCCUCACGGGUAUCGCCGGCUUGGUCGCCGGAGCAUGUAGUAUGGCCAUCGGGGAGCUCGUCUCCGUUUACUCGCAGUACGAUAUAGAAAUGGCUCAAAUGAAGAGAGAGGGUAGGACUGAAAGCAUGGGAACCGAGGAGCUAGAAGCUGAGAAGGAGAAAUUGCCGAACCCGUGGCAGGCAGCCGGAGCGUCGGCCCUUGCAUUUUCGGUGGGGGCAUUAGUGCCGCUGCUCGGGGCUGCGUUUGUGAAGGAUUAUGUUGUGAGGGUCGGGGUGGUGAUAGGGGUUGUAAGCUUUGCCUUGUUAGGGUUUGGAUGGUUAGGUGCAGUGCUCGGGAAGGCACCUGUAGUGAAGUCGUCUUUAAGGGUGUUGGUUGGGGGAUGGCUCGCCAUGGGACUUACUUUUGGCAUAACCAAGCUCGUUGGGUCAACUGGACUCUAAUCAUCAUCACCACACAUAUAUAUGUACUGGCCAAUGGCCAUAGCCCGCAGGCCGCAGUGAUCGAUCUCUAGUCUUCAAGUUUUCCUCUUUAAUAUGUUAGGGUUACAUCUUUAUCUAAAUAAUAUAUAUAGUCUAAAUAGAAGUAGUAGUUUGAAUAAGAGUCUUAUCUCUUUUAGGGAGAGAAGACGACUAAUAGUAGUUGUUUUCAUUUAAAGUUCUAUUUAAAUAAUAAUAGGUUAUCUAGUUGAAUGUAAGGGAUAACUCUAUCUAGAAUAGAGUUUCGCUUCUAUGGGGAAUUUGCUAGUUUUAUUGUGUAUUUAAAUAAAGAAUU